CGACAUUGUUAGAAAUGGCAACCCUUCUUAUUCAGAUCAAAGUCAAACAUAACUAUUACAAUUACCAGAAAACCUCUACGCACUUCGAAUCCGAGUCCAGUUUCCUUGCCAACUUUAACUGCGCCGCCAUGAGAGAGGGUCACCGAACCGUCGCUCUUUGUUCAAAAGGACCGAUCGGUACGACCUACAAGGACGAAGUCGGCUCUCUCUCUCUCUCUCUCUCUCUCUCUCUCUAGCGGGAGCAAAAUCGCUCGCAUCCACGCCAAAGACGAAGCUAGCAGUGGCGUGUCUCCUUCGGUUGAAUCGCGGACGCGGUCACUCGGUGUUGAUCGCCUGCCCCUAGCUUUCGGCCUACGUUAUUUCUUCCGCUUAGAGUCUUAUGCUGCGGUUCUUCCUCCCUCGUGUCAGCAGGACAUGUGAUUCGGUUUAUCCUUCUUCCUCGCUAAGAUUGCCUUCGUGCUCAAUAAUCUAGCUGGGUCCGAGCUGCCAUCUGUUCUUUUGCUCUUUUGGUUGGCGGUUGAGGCAUCUAAUAGUCAAAACAGAUAAUCUUGAUCGAUGCUUCGAUUGUUUUGGGAAGGCCUUUCAUUGGGGAACUCGAAUUUAGUCGUUGAUUCUUAUUAAAUUGGAAAAGCUUCUGUACUCUCCAAGCGAUAGAGAAUAUUUUAUACUUACAUCCAUAAUUAUGUGCAGUAAUUUUUUUCCAUAGAUAUCACCAGUUGGUGCGCAGAGCACGCCUGAACCUGUUCACAUCCCUGUACUUCAUGGUGAUUUGAUUGCUCAAUAUCUCCGUUUUUUAGCAGUUUAAGGGAAUUCUUGAAUGCCCAUUUCAAGAAACAGACCGAGUGAGUGAUUCAGUUUGGAGGAGCAUUUUAGCUUGCGUAUUGAGCAAUGAUCGUGACAGCUCUAUUAACGUCUGUUGGCAUCAAUUUUGGCCUCUGUAUCCUGUUCUAUACAUUGUAUUCUAUAUUGAGGAAGCAGCCAGGGAACGCCCAUGUCUAUAAUGCUCGGUUAGUGGCAGAGAAGAAAGUGAAGGAGGGAAGUCAUUUCCAGUUGGAUAGGCUGUUGCCUUCAGCUGGUUGGAUAAAAAAGGCAUGGCAGCCAUCUGAGGAGGAGUUAUUGUCCAUUGCAGGAUUUGAUUCUGUGGUCUUCAUCCGCGUCUUCAUCUUUAGCUUGAAAAUAUUUUCACUUGCUGGAGCCAUAGGGAUAUUUGCUCUUCUUCCGAUAAAUUAUUUGGGGGGACAACUAAGCGAUAUAGAUUUUGCAGAUAUUCCCAAUCAGUCCUUGGACCUGUUUAGCAUUUCGAAUGUGCAGAAUGGCUCCAAAUGGUUAUGGGUACACUUUGCUGCUGUUUAUAUCAUCUCAGGAGCUACUUGCUAUCUUCUUUAUAUGGAACACCAUUAUAUUACUUCUAAGAGGCUUGCAUAUUUCUAUUCGUCUAAACCUGAACCUCAUGAAUUCACUAUUAUUGUUCGUGGAAUCCCUGUGGCUGAAGGCAGUACUUUGGAUGACAGUGUUGAAAAAUUUUACAGAGAGUACCAUCCUUCAACUUACCUUUCACAUGAAGUGGUUCACCGUACAAGCAGACUUCAAUCUCUUAUUAGAGACGCAGAGAAGCUAUACAAAAGGAUUGUCCAACUGAACCCGAAAACAUCUACGGAGCAGAAUUCAGAGAGUGGUAGUUUUUUUGGACGAUGGUGGAGGAAAAAUCUUGUUACCAAAUAUAAAAGGAAAUUGGAAGACUUGGAAGAAAAUGUUAGGAUUGAACAGUCAGAUGUUUCAAGAGGAAAGGAAAUUCCUGCUGCCUUUGUUUAUUUUAGAUCCCUUUAUGGUGCAGCAAUUGCAAAUCAUAUCCAACAGUCACCCGACCCCACAGAGUGGAUAACUGAACAAGCUCCAGAACCUCGUGAUGUUUUUUGGCCAUUUCUUUCGACUACAUUUCUACAGAAAUGGAUAUCCAAGUUGGUGGUCAUAGUAGCAUCUAUUGCUCUGACAAUCGUCUUCCUUGUUCCUGUUGUGUUUGUACAAGGACUUGCCAACCUUGACCAAUUGGAACUGUGGCUGCCCUUCUUGAAAAGCGUGUUAAGCAUGACUGUUGUAAGUGAGGUCAUAACAGGAUAUCUACCUAGUCUUAUUCUUCAGAUGUUUUUGUCCAUUGUGCCCCCCAUCAUGAAACUAUUCUCCUCAAUGCAAGGAUAUAUAUCCUACAGCCAAAUUGAAAGAAGUGCCUGCAGCAAAGUACUGUGGUUCACCAUCUGGAAUAUUUUCUUUGCCAAUGUGCUAUCUGGAUCUGUUGCCAGCCAGCUUAAUGUAUUUUCCGACCCCAAAAAUAUUCCAAUGAGGUUGGCAGUUGCUGUCCCAGCACAGGCAUCCUUUUUUAUAUCUUAUGUCGUGACAUCUGGUUGGACAAGUCUUUCGCUAGAGCUCACCCGUGUUGUUCCUCUCCUUUGUGAUUUUGCAAAACGGCACUGUUGCUGUUGCGGAACUGUUGAUGACGUCUUUGUUGCACCAUCCAUACCUUACCACCGUGAUAUUCCUAAGAUCCUUUUCUUUGGUCUUCUUGGAAUUACCUAUUUCUUCUUGGCUCCACUAAUUGUGCCUUUCCUUUUGUGCUACUAUUGUCUUGGGUAUAUCAUCUACCGCAAUCAGCUGCUAAAUGUUUACAUGCCAAAGUUUGAGACUGCUGGGAAAUUCUGGCCUGUGGUGCACAAUUGUCUGAUAUUUUCUUUGGUAUUGAUGCAAGCUAUUGCUGUGGGAAUAUUUGCACUGAAGAAGCUUGCACUUGCAUCCAGUUUGACAAUUCCACUUCCUAUACUCACGCUCAUAUUUAAUGAGUACUGCAGGAAACGGUUCCUGCCCAUAUUCAACACAUAUUCGGCUGAGAGCUUGAUCAAGAAAGACCGGAAAGUGCAAAAUGAUCCAUCGCUGGAUGAGUUCCUUGACAAACUUGUUAGUUCUUAUCGUGAUCCAGCAUUGUUGCCACUACAGUACUCUUCAACCUUGGAUGAUGGAAACAGGACUCCACUUCUUGCUUCAGAAGUCUAAAAGCAUGGAGGAUGUUUGAGUAUAUCUUCUGGCUGACGGUUCAUGGCUGUUAUGUAAGACUGUUUUUCUCGAACAACCAGGGUGUUCUCUUGGGGAUGCAUGGUAGGGUUGGAAUUGGAUUGAAAGGUGAUGACGUGGUAAAUGUACUGUUUUUGUAUGAGGUGUAUAUUUUCAUGUGAAACGGAUAUGUAUACCUUCUUGCUACAGAGAGAAUGCUCAAAGCAUGUUUUUCUAUGUAUAAAUGCUUCUUUGCUAGGUUGCCUGAAAAUAUUUACAGGAGAGGAUUCAUUGUCUUUGUCCCAGAGUAGGGCACUUCAGAUUUGGGAACUGCAUUUGCAUUUGGUAUGAAGUCUUUUGGUUCAUGAAUCAGUGCUUGCUCUUAACAAGCACAUUCUGUGGGAACCAGUGCACGCUGUACCAUGUAUGGGAAGCAUUUUCACAUUUUUUUGCAA